AUGUUAUGUCAAGUUUGCGUUGGGGCAUUCCAACACCGGAAGGGUUGGGUUCGCGAUACCGACGAGGGCUCCGAGCCCACCAUUUUACUUGCUCAUCACGAAUCGGUCGCGAGCCUUGAAGCUUCAGCCCUCGACGCUUGCGAGACAUGUCGUCCGUUCUGGCUCCAGAUCAGCGAGGAGGACCAGAUUAGACUGAGAGAGUUCGACGCCACUUGGACCUCACGCCCUAGGGCAGGCGGUGCAAAGUCCUGGACACCUGGGCAACGGUUGGACGAGUUUGAUGGUCUAGUGACUAUGGGCGCAGUUGUCCUUCUCGAGGAACCGAGUCUAAAAGCCAUUGGGUCUGACUUGAUGAUAUCCAUUUCAUUCGAGUCGGGAUUCACGGAUGAAAUUCAUUUUGAUCAAAAAAAUAUUUCUGGUACUUAUGUGGUACAGAGAGGUGAUUACAAGGAUGCCGGAAAGAUGAUACCGUUCUCCAGUAACAACACGGACUCCGAGGAAGCGUGGGCUAAAGCAAACUUAUGGAUGCAAACCUGUUUGUCUACUCACACGGCUUGCAACGUUGAGCUGAAAGCGGAUCCGUGGUGUCCAACUCGAUUGCUUGACCUCAAGGCUGGUUGCGAGGGAACAGAUGUUGCCCGUCUGGUAAUCACGGCAGAAAACCGGCCUUCGCACAAUGAUCGUUAUGCGACCCUGAGUCAUUGCUGGGGUUCAGCCCAGUUUCUGCAACUGAAGAAAGCCACGUGCGACGAUUUCAAAAGAGGCAUCGAGCUCUCCAAGCUUCCAAAGACAUUCCGUGAAGCCGUGCAAGUCACUCGACAACUAGGCGUGCGGUACCUCUGGAUCGACUCGCUGUGCAUAUUCCAGGAUCGAGACGAUCUCUCCGACUGGCUGGUCGAAGCGGGUUUGAUGCACAAAGUGUAUUCAAACUCAUUUUGCAACAUCUCUGCAGCGGGAGCACGCGAUAGUUCCAAGGGCCUUUUCUUCAAGCGGGAUCCGAGAGUGAGCCUUACUACCGACAUGUGCCUCAAUGCGGAGGGGUUUGGACUGGAAACGGAAUACGUCGACUGCAGCAUUAUCGACAUGUCAUUUUGGGGCCAUGCCGUUGGGCAGUGUCAUCUUAAUAAGCGCGGCUGGGUUCUACAGGAGCGUCUGCUUUCACCACGUGUUCUUCAUUUUGGCCGCGAUCAACUCUUCUGGGAAUGUAGAGAGCAAGCGGCGGCCGAGUGUUAUCCAGAGAAGAUGCCGGAAAUCUUGGCAAACAGCGUUCCGACAAAAUUCAAGAGACUCAGUAAAGAAGCUUACGGCCCUGAUGCAAUGUCGCGAGAGAGAGAGCCGGACGACCCCACGUUCUACCAUCGAAUUUGGGAUUUAAUCGUGAGAGCGUAUGGAAGCACCCGCUUGACUAUGGCCUCCGACAAAUUGUUGGCUCUUUCAGGCAUAGCUCAGCAUUUCGAAACUCUCGUUGACGACACCUAUGUCGUGGGGAUGUGGCGGAAGCAUUUAGCCAGCAAUUUACUAUGGCAUGUUGAUCAGGAGACGCAGGUCGACGGCUCUCCAUCUAUUCGGCCCGAAGUGUACAGGGCCCCAUCAUUCUCUUGGGCCUCAGUCGAUGGCAAAAUCAUAACUGGACCCCUGAUUGAUCAAUCGAAACUGCUCAUAGAGGUGGAAGACGUCCGAAUCGAGUACGUGUCGAAAAACAAGACGGGUCUGGUAAAAGGAGGCCAUGUCGAUCUUAGAUGUUGUGUGCUGCCCUUCGAAAUGUUUGUGAAGUCCGGCAGCCAACGCCGGUUCCUUUCUCUGAAAGUCAACGGUGUCAUUGUCAUAGCAUCGAGGAAAGAUCCGCAACGGAAUAUUGGUCCUCUGGUACACAUGGACAUUGGCCAGGAAAGCUUCAACGACGAGAAUACCACAGGAUCGCUAUACUACAUUGUCGCACAGAAGCAGGAUGAACCUGAUGGCUUUGUGAGGUGCCUUCUGCUGAUGGCCGUAGAUGAGAAGAGGAAGGUCUUCAAGAGGAUUGGGCUGGCAGUAACCAACGAUGCAGAAGAGAUUGAGAUGCUGCAGAAUGGGACACAUAAUGCCGAUGGAAGCUUAUCGAACAAUUGUGGUCUUGAUGGAAUUAGAACCAUACGAAUCAUCUGA